AUGAGAGUGGAGCGUAUAUUCGAUGAGUUUGGACACUUCAAAAGGUAGGCUACCAAGAACAAUAAUGACAUUUUCAAAAUAUUUAUUGCGUUGAAUCAGUAUAUCCCUACUAUCAUAAACUAUCAGAAUCUGUCCUGUUCACUCGACCACCCUCCCUAGGUAUAUGAUGACCGUACACCCUCUUAUAGUCAAAAUUGUUAUUUUUUUGAAAUAGCUCUAUGAGGAUUAUGGUUCUAUUUAUGGUUAGCCUACAUAGUAUCCCUAAAUAUGGCAGCCCUUAUAGUAGAUGUUUCUUUCUUUCUCUCUGCAAACAAAAUACAGCAGUUUUCUUCCUUCUUCAAGUUGGUAUGAACUUGCUUUUCGAGAGACGGGUGUGUAGUGCAUUGCAUCAUUGGCGCGUUAAAAUUGUAUAAACAUUCUCUGUUAGAAUAUAUAUAUAUAUAUUUUUCAUUCUCACUAUGUAACCAUAACACUUUAAAUGUGUUUAGGGGACAGAUUGGAGUGGCAGCAAGACUAAACUUUUGAUGGUUGAGUAUUUGCCAUGUAACAAAAUGUGGAAAAAGUCAAGGGAUCUGAAUACUUUCUGAAGGCACUGUACUAGGCGCACUUGAAAUGUUUGGAUUUUUUGCAUAUGGAGAUUUUUUUUGUUGUUAGGCUACUUUAUAAGAAUGCAUGCAUCAAUUAUGUUGGAUAAUAAUGGUUUCAUUCCUUUGAUGCACACUGUAAGACUAACUUCAACAGGAAAACUGUAGAAUGCAGGGUAAAAUACCUUAAAUGUAUUUUACAGAAUUAAUGCUGUAGAUUGCAUGGCAUUAUGGGUAAAAUGCUGAAAAAUACUGUUAUUAACUGUAAUUGGAAGCCUCCUGUAAAAAUUACUCUAACAUACUGCAUUUCUUUACAGUAAUAGCUUAUGCCUACUGUAGAUUCAAAUGUUCAGUUCCAUGCGCCAACAUCAUGUCGGGUGAAAUGCAUGAAGCUCAGACUAUUUUAGUAAAUAUCUUCUUGAAAGGGCAGUGAAAUGGAAUAAUAUUUUCAGCAGCUGCUGACUUCUCUCUCCUGGAUGCUCUCCUGCCCAUUGUGUGUUUAAGCGCCUCUGAACCCCCUUACCCCAAAUAGAUUUGUCCCGAUCAUAGAUCUAGGAUUGUACCCAAUCCCAAUUUUAACUCCAUCUCCAUCUUCCUCUCUCUCUUUGUCUCUCUCCCCCAACACCCACCCCACACACACAGGCACACAAUAUGUUCUGAAUUAGUGUUGUAAUUAUGCUCUUCUUUGGUUACAUACACUUUUUAAAAGUAUUGUUGUUUUUACAGUAUUAUACAAUAAAACUAACAGCUAUUAAUUAUUUACAGUAAAUUGCCGUGAAUCGCAACGCACUCUGGGUGAUUUUAGGAGUAACUGGUCAAUUAUACUGUAAAUUCCAAUGAAACGUUGGUUUAACAGUACAUUACUCUAAAUGAGUACUGUAUUUCAAAUGGUACUGUAAUUCCACCCCACAGAAUACAGUACCCUACCAUAUUUUUGGAGCACCAAAAACCUUUUCACCACUAGUGGGUGCAUGGUAUUUCUGUGCUCAUUAACAUAUAUUUUGAGGCGUGUCUUGUAAGAGGCUACAUUUGUUGCACCCGUGAGUGAGAAUGCUGUACCAAUUUAACUGAUAUGUGGUAGUAGUGCCUCAACAAUUAAAUGUGUUUAAAGAACAGAAUGGAGUGGCAGCAAGACUAAAACUUUUAAUGGUUGAGAAUUUGCCAUGUCCUUGGUCUGUUUUGCAAGUUUGGAAGCUUUUAUUAAAGCUGCGGUAUCUAACUUUGGGGCGACCUGACUAAAUUCACAUAGAAAUGGUUGUUAUAGAUCUGUCAUUCUUAUUGAAAGCAAGUCUAAGAAGCGGUAGAUCUGUUCUAUGUGUGGUAUUUCUAUUCUUUCCGUUCUUAAGUUUCAUUUUUGCGUCUUUUACUUUCGGUUUUGUACACCAGCUUCAAAUAGCUGAAAAUACAAUAUUUUUGGUAAUGGAGAAUAUAGUUCACAGCGGUUUAGAUGGUACGAUGAUUCUCUACACUAUACUUGCUUGUUUUGUCACAUAAACUAACAUUUUAGAGUUUUAGCAACCAGGAAAUGGCUGAGCGAUUUCUGCAUAGUGCAUUUUUACGGUCUCUAAAUGUACAAGUGAUAUUAAACACCAAAUAUUCAUAUUAUUUUUGUAUAUUAUUUAAUAUGCAGUAAUAUGAAAACACAUUACCUAGGAGCCAACCUGCUUGCACCAAUCCCAUGCAAUUACAGUUAAAUACUGUAAAAUACAAACACCUCAAUGAAUUACAUUCAUCCAGUUAUUCAUUAAAUUUAUCGUAAAAAUAUUACAGUAAGAGUAUUGGUACACUAACACUGAUUACCAUAAUAUGCUGUACUGUAAAUUUACAGCAUUAUACUGGCAGCAGAGUUUCCAGCAAAUUACUGUAAUUAUAUAAUACAGCUGUGUUGCUGUAACGAUUACAGUAUAAUUCUGUAUUGUAUAAUACAGCAUUGUUGUUCUUACUGUAAAACAUUUGACAGCAUCCUAACCCAUUCAUAGACGCUAACUAUCUUUAGCACCUAUUGACGAUAGUAUCUUCUGGCUGGGGGAGUUUUGUUGCGAGCCUCGACGCUCGUUCUGAGCGUUAAAACAAAUUGCUUGCGAGAAAACAUAAGGAACAUAUAUUUUAUAUCAGCAAGAAAUAAUAAUGUAAAAAAGGUAAAAUUACUACACACCUUUAUAGGGUUUGGGUUCUAAUAAUAUUAAUAUGCCGUUUAGCAGAAUUUUUUAUCCAAAGCGACUUACAGUCAUGUGUGCAUACAUUUUUACGUAUGGUUAGUGUUCCCACACGGCCAUAUCUCCAUGCUACAGUGCUUGUUUACGGAAGACAGACAGAGGACAUAGGCGGCCACCUGUGCUAAUUAGCUAUCUAGCAUGCUCAGAACACCUGUGUGUAAGCGUAACUUGGGAGGAAGUGUAGUUUGUCAUCUGGAGGCACACACAGCGUAUGGAUCUGUGAAAAGCUGCUACAUUAAGUGUAUAUUUUUUAUUUGAAGGAUUCUUUCUCGCUGAUAUGAAAGAUAAGGGGCAUAUCAGCAUAUGUUUCGAAAACCGUUUUGCAAGUGAUGAUUAUUGACAUUUCUAAAUGUUAAAACACAGCCUCGGAAUUGUAGUUCACACGCAGCCAACCGUGGACAAAGCUAAGCGCUGAAAACCCUACAGAAGGGUUUUCAAGAGCUAACAGCAUCCCUACAGUAAAGCUAAAUUACAGUAUUUAACUGGCAACUUAACUGGUUUUACAGUGCAACUUCCUCAUGUUAUCCUUUUAUUGAACCCCUUGAUUCUCCUCUUCUCUCUCCCUCUCCACCUCCUCUCCGCCUCCUAGGUUCCAGGCAUGUCUGUACUUUGCUGCUGUCUUCCAGGCCAUAGCCUGCGGAAUCCACUACCUGGCCUCUGUGUUCCUCGUGGAGAGGCCAAGCUUCGUCUGCGCUCCGCCCGGUAACAUCACUGACGUCCUGUAUGGGAACCACACUGGUGCCUCUCUAGAGGAGGUGCUACCAUUCUUCAAACCGGCGAACGGGCCCUUGGUGGUGCGAACGGCGGAAGGCAAACAGUGGGAGCUUAGCACCUGCCAGUGCACUCAGCGGAUUAACCCCACAGACUUUACCUACGAGCAGGUCGUCAACAGCACGACGGAAAAGUGUGACGGGAACUACCAUUACGUGUAUGACCACAGUGAGGUGUAUCAGAGCAUCGUGACGGACUGGGACCUGGUGUGUGACAGGGAAUGGCUGGCCAAGCUGUGUCAGCCCACCUUUAUGAUGGGGGUGCUGGUCGGAGCACUGGUGUUCGGGGACAUCGCUGAUAGGUAAGAGUAGCUCUCCCCACCUACCUAAUCCCAAAUAUGGGGAUCAUGUCUGCCCCCUGCAGGGUCCCUGUGCAAUGGAGAACCUUGAUAACUGGAAGGGUGUCGAUGACAAAACAUGGGUGUCAUCAUCAGUGGUGUAGAGCAAUUUGUUUUAUGUGAGGGAGCGCAAAGAAAAAGUAAAUGACAUCAUAAUUUCCUCAAUCAACAUUUGUAUCAACAGAUGUAGCCAAUUGCAUAGCUUAUCAUACUGUAAAAUGCAUCCUCCAAUUGCAAAGUCUGCCUACGCCCACACAUACUGUUUUAUUUUUAAUAAGCUCAAACACCAAGUUAGGCAUAGGCUACCUCAUUUCAAAAUAGGCCAUCAUCACCGUCAAUCGGGAAUGAUAAUUCUUCAAGUUUUACCGGUGAAACAUCCAAACUGCAUUUCCAUGCCAAUCAUUUGAUUGAUCUCAAUUAGUUUCAUGGGAAUAUGCAUUCCUUGAAUUACUGUUUCGUGAGAGAAUUAGAGCAGAUGGUGUUAACAAACUAUUAGCGUUUCUUGUAUUUUGUUUCAAUCAAAGCAUAUAUCCUGCCUAGUGGCACACUGAUGAGUUUUGGCGCAUGAGAAAAAAUUCAACUAUUCAGCUUCAGCUAACCAUCCUAAAAUCUCAUUAGAAAUGAUUAAGUGUUUUUGGUGUAACAGUAACGUUAUAGGCCUACUCUGCUUUGGUAUUAUAUUCGGUUCUGUAAAAUACAAAUGAAUCAUUAUGUGAUCUUGCGAGACAUUGAUUCAGCUUUGAUCUAACUUUACUAAACGAGCACCAUUGUGAGAAGUGAUAAUCUUCUAUUUGUAAUAAUAAUAAUAAGUGAUGAGUAGGACUAUUAGGCGUAGGCAACAGAUCUUAAUGAGAUGUUAUUUUAAGCGAUUGGAGGGCACUUCGUGGUGCUGAAAGGACAGCGCCUGAAUUGUAUAAUGAUGUUAAAGAAAUAGAACCAACUUGUGGUGCUGAAGGAUAGCUGGAGGAACAAGUUCAGGAACAAACAACAAUAAUAUGCAGUAGGCCUAUAGCCUAAUAGGCCUAUGACUACGUGGUAUAGCUGUUUGUAGACUGUAGCCUAAUGUAAAUACAGAUACAUACAGCUUAAAGGGAAACUUCACCGCUAGACACUAUUUGGGAUGAUUUUCCUGUCUCUCUACAUAAAAUAACUACAUGAGAGAACGCCAAGAGUGUGCAAAGCUGUCAUCAAGGCAAAGUAUGUCUAUUUGAAGAAUCUCAAAUAUAAAAUAUAUGUUGAUUUGUUUAACACUUUGUUGGUUACUACAUGAUUCCAUAUGUGUUAUUUUAUAGUUUUGAUGUCUUCACUAUUAUUCUACAAUGUAGAAAAUAGUAAAAAUUAAGAAAAACCCUGGAAUGAGUAGGUGUUCUAAAACGUUUGACCGGUAGUGUACAUGUACAAAAUCUAGCAAUAUCUAUAGCACAAUUCAGUUGUGAGCAUACUAGGCAUUCUAUAUUAUACUACAACAUCAGUCUAACUGAAUAUGGAUUAUGUGCUGGUUGAAUGUUCCAGGCAGGUUCCAGAAUGUUCUUAAGCUGGUGAACAUCUUCUUGUGUUGGGUAAUGGCAGCUGGUUUAGCAAGCUUUGGCGCUGUGGCGAUGUUGGCAGGGAUGUUGGGUUUGGGAGGCUGUGACUCUGGCUCAUUAUAGACAACCAUCUGAUAAUUUCUGCGCUCCACAGCCAGGUUGACAAGCCUCUCGUACACUUUUUUCACCACACACUGCUUCGUCCUCUUGCAGAAUAUUUGUUUGUAUAGCAAGUCUCCUGGAAAUACAUGAAGACUGAUCAUGAGAAUGUGUAAAACAUGAAGACUGAUCAUAUUUAUUUGGUUUGCCAUUCUAUCAUAUUUCAUAACAUUUUAGUGGUAAUUAAUGAUUUAUUUACAAGUUAUCAGAAAUAGUUUUCCAGAAAUAGUUUUACCAGCUCCAGCAGCACUUCAUCCCUGGUCAUCAUUUUACUUUUGGAGUAACUAACAAUACUGUAACAUACCUCUGGAUGAAACGGUCGGUCACUCGGUCGGACAGUCUGUGUAGUGCAGAAGAAGGGUACCCCAUCAGUGCCGUAGCACAGUUUCACAGGCCCCCCACGAGGUCCGAGCAAGGCCCCCCCUUUUGCCAUGGGGCAGAGAGACAAAUGUGCAGUUUUAUAGCUAAUCUCAUGCUAUUUUAAACAUUUUGCCAUGAGGCUGAGAGAAAAUGUUGUUGUUUUAGAGCUAUAUAUUUGACUUAUAUUAACACAAUUUGAAAUAUAUAUUUUGAUAGACCAAAGUAUCAGCUAUCACACCAAGUAAAGGAACAACCUCCUAAUUUUUUUGCAAUUAACUGGAUUUAUGUCAACUCUGUCAGACACCAUAAAAGGUAUUUAAUUUUUACCAUUGUUGUCAAACAAGUGUUUAAAGCCUUGAUUGUUUAAUUUUAACAUUCUACUUAAUACACAUUUCCAAACGUAUUAUGUUUUGUUUUAUAGCACUAUUAAAUGCUCCAGGGCUAAUUUUGUUAGCAUUUUGACAUGUUUUUCUAGAUUUCAAACAUAGAGCAACAUUUAUAAAGCAAACAUCCCUUAGGUCUAUCACAGCAAAUACUGUAUUUCAAUUGUUUAAGCAUGUGUUGCAGAACAGUGAUUACAAUAUUUUUAAACAAUAUUGAAAAAAAAAUAGAUCUUAAGGGUCUUAAGGGUUAGCCAUCAGUGACGUAGUUGACAAGCCACUGACAGAGUUGACAACAGAUAUCACAGCAGACAUAUUUUUGCCUCUAAAAAUAAAAGUUCAAUACACACAUUUGUAAAAUAUGGAAAAUUAUUCAUUUGAAAAUCCCCAAUAAAAACAUAACCAUGCUAGCAGAUCUUUCAGCACUAGUUAGAAAAAAAUCUGACAGAGUUGAUGUUUUACGGAGUUGACAAAACUUGCAUUUUUAUUUUUUAUUCAAGUGGUAUACAUAUAGCAAAUAAUAUUUUCCUCAGUUGCUUUAUGACUCUAAAACCUAAUUAAAUGUAACAUAUUUGAACCAAAAUUCAUAUUGUAUUCUAAUCUAUCAGGCGGAUGGAGUUGACAGUUUAUGGUUGUGACCAUGGUGAUUCCAAUAUUGUUUGUUUAAAUCUAUCAAAAGUAGAGAACUUUACAAACGAUGAGUGAUCUUGUUGCACUACAUGUAAUGAAGAGGGUCCUUAUGGUAUACAGUGCAUUCGGAAAGUAUUCAGACCCCUUGACUUUUUCCACAUUUUGUUACAUUACAGCCUUAAUGUAAAAUUGAUUAAAUUGUUUUUUCACUCAUCUAUCUACACACAAUACCCCAUAAUGAUCAAGCAAAAACAGUUUUUUUUGCAAAUGUAUUGAAAAAAAAAAAGUAAAUAUCACAUUUCCAUAAUUAUUCAGACCCUUUACUCAGUACUUUGUUAAAGCACCUUUGGCAGCGAUUACAGCAUUGUGUCUUCUUGGGUAUGACGCUACAAGCUUGGCACACCUGUAUUUGGGGAGUUUCUCCCAUUCCUCUCUGCAGAUCCUCUCAAGCUCUGUCAGGUUGGAUGGGGAGCGUCGCUGCACAGCUAUUUUCAGGUCUCUCCAGAGAUGUUCGAUCGGGUUCAAGUCCAGGCUCUGGCUUGGCCACUCAAGGACAUUCAGAACUUGUCCCGAAGCCACCCCUGCAUUGUCUUGGCUGUGUGCUCAUGGUCGUUGUCCUGUUGGAAGGUGAACCCACCCCAGUCUGAGGUCUUGAGUGCUCUGGAGCAGGUUUUCAUCAAGGAUCUCACUGUACUUUGCUCCAUUCAUCUUUGCCUCGAUCCUGACUAGUCUCCCAGUCCCUGCCGCUGAAAAACAUCCCCACAGCAUGAUGCUGCCACCACCAUGCUCCACCGUAGGGAUGGUGCCAGGUUUCCUCCAGACGUGACGCUUGGCAUUCAGGCCAAAGAGUUCAAUCUUGGUUUUAUCAGACCAGAGAAUCAUGUUUCUCAUGGUCUGAGAGUCCUUAGGUGCCUUUUGGCAAACUCCCUGACCAAGGGCCUUCUCCCCCUGAUUUCUCAGUUUGGCCGGGCGGCCAGCUCUGGGAAGAGUCUUGGUGGUUCCAAACAUCUUCCAUUUAAGGGGACCUUCAAUGCUGCAGAAAUUUUUUGGUACUCUUCCCCAGAUCUGUGGCUCAACACAAUCCUGUCUUGGAGCUCUACGGACAAUUCCUUUGACCUCAUGGCUUGGUUUUUGCUCUGACAUGCAUUGUCAACUGUGGGACCUUAUAUAGAAAGGUGUGUGCCUUUCCAAAUCAUGUCCAAUCAAUUGAAUUUACCACAGGUCAAGUUGUAGAAAGAUCUCAAGGAUGAUUAAUGGAAACAGGAUGCAUCUGAGCUCGAUUUCGAGUCUCAUAGCAAAGGGUCUGAAUACUUAUGUAAAUAAGGUAUUUCAGUUUUUUAUUUAUAAUAAAUUAGAAAACAAUUCUAAAAACCUGUUUUCGCUUUGUCAUUAUGGGGUAUUGUGUGUAGAUUGAUGAGGAAAGAAAUUAAUGUAAUCCAUUUUAGAAUAAGGCUGUAACGUAACAACAUGUGGAAAAAGUCGAGGGGUAUGAAUACUUUCUGAAUGCACUGUAUCUGACCCUGCUCAUUCCCGAUUAAUUUAGGAUUCUGAUGGAGUCAACCAAAUUUCCGGACACAUCUUUUAGUAAUCAAUGUUUUGAGAAAAAUAUUAUUUAAAGUCACAGAGGGCUAUUGCAAGAAACUACAUACGAUAAUUAUUCAGUUAAUAUCAAUUUUUGCCAGUUUUUAGAAAACUCUUUUGGAGAGUUUGAAAUUGGGAUCUUUGCUCCGGAGAAUGGCAUUUCCAGACAUAGAGCAAACAUGGGAAUUAAUAAUAUCGAAAGUAUCUAGAAAAUACUAUAAACAUAAAGUUUCCCUGCCAGACAAGCACAAGGAGCAUAGAGAUGUAGUGAGCGGUGAUGAGUGAGGGGAAGAGGGAUACAGGGAUGGUAUGGAGGUCUGUUGCAAGCUAUGAGCGCAGAGUUUAUGGGUGAGGGGAGAGGGGUGAUGAUUGAGGGGAAGAUAGAGCGAUAGAUGGUAUGGAAGUCUAUUUUAAGUAAUGAGUGGUAUAUGAGGAGUGCCGAGGUUAUGGGUGAGGGGAGAGGGGUGAGAGGUGACCGUUGAGUAAGGAGGGGUGAAGAGGAUAUAGGUGAGGGGUUAGGGGUGAGGGUUUAUUCUCAGCAGGUCCUUAGAACAUCCUUGUUUCUCAAACACGAAACAGGCGAACAGAGUGUGAGAGUGUGUGUUUGGAUAGCAGUGAGUGUGUGCCAGUUCAGAGAGUUGUUCCCGUCAAGACUCUUGGGACAGUGGGGACAUAUCAAGUCACCUGGCAGGCUAACAUCCAGUUGUCCAGCAGGGGAGGAGAGGCCUGCCAAGGCCAGUGGAGGUCCAUGGGUCUAGCUAGGGUCUGGGUCUGGGUGUCCUUUGUCCAGAGAAUAGGGCACUCAGUUGAACCCCUCAUGCCCACAAACCCAAAGCGUUUGCUGGGUUGAGGAGAGAUGGUGUGUCCCACUCCCUACUGUAUCAUCAUGGGCUGCUGGAUAGUUUGAAUGUCUAUUUCAAGCCUGGCCUCAGAGCCAUACGAAAUAUACUUUACGUAUUUCUGAGCACCUCCAAGAUGUAUGAUACCUAUUAAUGGUCUAGUUACUUGAGACAGAAAUGAAAGUAGGGUGGUUGGUCGGGGAAGAUGGGUGGGCAUAAUCCGCGACAGUCUAGUAGGGAGGUUGGUAGGGUAGGAUGGGUGGGCGUAAUCCGCGACAGUCUAGCAAUCUAAAGGUUGCAUGUUCCAGUCAUGUCGGGGACAACUGUAGCAUUUUAGCUAACCGUUCCCCUAACACUUAUUUGAAACUUAACCCAAUUCACCUAAACUGCUACGUAAAUUCACCUAACCUUUGUCGUUUUAGUUUUCUAAACCUUUGUCGUAACCGCCAACAUAUAUUCUCCCCGUAAUUAUCCUUUUGUUACUGCGCAAUAAGCAACCUGGUCUCAGAUAAAGACAUGCAAUACUAUACAUUCUCCAAAAUGUAUGACUAGGUAAGUCAUCCAAUUCUUAUGCUAUUGUACGACCGGGUAAACCGUAUGACACUAGACGUCCUCUAAUUCUUAUAUAUAGUAUAGCAUAGCAUUAUAAGACUACAUCCUUUGUAUUCAGUGGAACUAAACAAACUGCUACUUUCAGACUCACACACUGGGGCAGUAUGCAUGCAUCAUCAGCCAACUUGUUCAUUGAUUUGUUUUAUUUGGUCUGGAGUCACAUGCAAAUCACAUACUCAUUCACACAAACACCUAUAAACUCAGCAACUCCUGUUGUGUAGUGAUACUAGCGAUGUGAAAUUUCAACCCAAACUGCUCCCAGGGCUGCUGCUCCCAGCUUGUGUCUACCAGUAUUUCAACCAAUAUUUGUUCUGGAUCAAUGCCAUGAGUCACGUGCAGACACAAACCUUCUAUGUGGCAAUGUGCAAUUCCCAGUCAACAAUACAAUGCUCCUUAUUUAUAUUUUAGCAGAGGAGCAAUUAUGGUUAAGUGCCUUGCUCAAGGGCACAUCGCCAGAUUCUUCACCUAGUCAGCUCAGGGAUUCAAACCAGCGACCUUUCGGUUACUGGCCCAAUGCUCUUAACUACUAGGCUACCUGCCACCCAAGGUAUUAUUUCACUCAUCAUAUGAGCUUGUGUGACAUUAAACCGUUUUCUCUCAACUCUUCCCAUGUCGUCAGCUACAGUAAAUAGCAGAGGGCCUCUUCUGAAAAUACAGGAAGUAUGUCAUUAAAACCUAUGGCUCCCCACAAAAUAAACUCAGCAAAAAAAGAAACGUCCCUUUUUCAGGACCCUGUCUUUCAAAGAUAAUUCGUAAAAAUCAGAAUAACUUCACAGAUCUUCAUUGUAAAGGGUUUAAACACUGUCUCCCAUGCUUGUUCAAUGAACCAUAAACAAUUAAUGAACAUGCACCAGUGGAACGGUCGUUAAGACACUAACAGCUUACAGACGGUAGGCAAUUAAGGUCACAGUUAUGAAAACUUAGGACACUGACUCUGAAAAACACCAAAAGAAAGAUGCCCAGGGUCCUUGCUCAUCUGCGUGAAUGUGCCUUAGGCAUGCUGCAAGGAGGCUUGAGGACUGCAGAUGUGGCCAGGGCAAUAAAUUGCAAUGUCCGUACUGUGAGACGCCUAAGACAGCGCUACAGGGAGACAGGACGGACAGCUGAUCGUCCUCGCAGCGGCAGACCACGCGUAACAACACCUGCACAGGAUCAGUACAUCCGAACAUCACACCUGCGGGACAGGUACAGGAUGGCAACAACAACUGCCCGAGUUACACCAGGAAUGCACAAUCCCUCCAUCAGUGCUCAGACUGCCCGCAAUAUGCUGAGAGAGGCUGGACUGAAGGCUUGUAGGCCUGUUGUAAGGCAGGUCCUCACCAGACAUCACCGGAAACUACGUCGCCUAUGGGCACAAACCCACCGUCGCUGGACCAGACAGGACUGGUAAAAAGUGCUCUUCACUGAGGAGUCGCAGUUUUGUCUCACUAGGGGUGAUGGUCGGAUUCACAUUUGUCGUCGAAGGAAUGAGCGUUACACCGAGGCCUGUACUCUGGAGCGAGAACGAUUUGGAGGUGGUGGGUCCGUCAUGGUCUGGGGCGGUGUGUCACAGCAUCAUCGGACUGGGCUUGUUGUCAUUGCAGGCAAUCUCAACGCUGUGCGUUACAGGGAAGACAUCCUCCUCCCUCAUGUAGGCUCAUCCUGACAUGACCCUCCAGCUUGACAAUGCCAUCAGUGUCACGAUCGUCAUACACAGAGGACCAAGGCGCAGCGUGGAAUGCGAACAUACUUUUAAUUUGAAUGAUCACACGAACAAAACAACAAACGAUACGAAACGUGAAGUCCUUGGUUACAAUACAAACCAUACGGAACAAGAUCCCACAACACACUGUGGAAAACAGGCUGCCUAAGUAUGGUUCCCAAUCAGAGACAACAAGCAACAGCUGAUACACGUUGCCUCUGAUUGAGAACCACACCGGCCAACAUAGAAACAAAUGAACUAGAAUAUAACCCUAGCACACAAAACACAUAGAAACAACACACCCUGGCUCAACAUAACAGAGUCCCAGAGCCAGGGCGUGACAAUCAGCCAUACUGCUCGUUCUGUGCGUGAUUUCCUGCAAGACAGGAAUGUCAGUGUUCUGCCAUGGCCAGCGAAGAGCCCAGAUCUCAAUCCCAUUGAGCACGUCUGGGACCUGUUGGAUCGGAGGGUGAGGGCUAGGGCCAUUCCCCCCAGAAAUGUCCUGUCAUAGUCCCGUGUAGCUCAGUUGGUAGAGCAUGGCGUUUGCAACGCCAGGGUUGUGGGUUCGUUUCCCACGGGGGACCAGUAUGAAAAUGUAUGCACUCACUAACUGUAAGUCGCUCUGGAUAAAAGCGUCUGCUAAAUGACUAAAAUGUAAAUGUAAAUGUCCGGGAACUUGCAGGUGCCUUGGUGGAAGAGUGGGGUAAUAUCUCACAGCAAGAACGGGCAGCUGGUGGCCACAUUAUUGACCCCCCCUUUGUUCAGGGCCACAUUAUUUCAUUUCUGUUAGUCACAUGUCUGUGGAACUUGUUCAGUUUAUGUCUCAGUUGUUGAAUCUUGUUAUGUUCAUACAAAUAUUUACACAUGUUAAGUUAGCUGAAAAUAUACGCAGUUGACAGUGAGAGGACGUUUCUUUUUUUGCUGAGUUUACUAUAAGUGUGUACUAUGGUAGGAAUACUAUAAUAUUCACUGUGGUGUUUUAGCUGACUUUACUGUACGUUUCACUGCGGCAAAAACACUACAGUAAAUAUUGUAGUAUACUGUAGUAUUUACAGUUUACUAUAGUAUAAAUACUGUUGUAAAAAAAUAGUAGUAUAUACAAUAGUAAUUACUAUAGUGUUUUUGCCGACUGUAGUAUACUGUAGCAUUUCAUUAUAUUGUGUAGCAUGCUGUAUCAUAAAUAAACUUUGAAUUGAUUAGCUUAACACAUGGUUACAAUAUGCCCUAUUACAGAAUAAAAGAAAACAGAGAGGUGAACUAUCAAUUCAUAUCAUUUAUUUGCAUAGAUUAAACAUGCUAUCAAAUCAAUUGACCAAGUAGUGAACAUAAAUCAUUACUACGUAGAAUUUGUUUUAAAACGACCAUAAAAUCAAGCUUUUGGUGUGGUGUAUUCAUGUACUGUAGUAUUUACUGUAGUGUUUUUGUGGACUGCAGCAUACUGUAGUAUUUACUAUAGUGUUUUUUAGGGACAUUGUAUUAUCUUUGACAUAGAAGUUGGGGGUAUCUCCUUGAGGAACGCUACGGGAGAAAUACUAAAAUAAAUUGUAUUCCAUAACCUGUAGGUAGGUAGGUAGGUUGGUAGGUAGGACUGUGUGCUGAACAGAGUUAUACUGUAACCUGUAGGGAACACAAUAUAUGGUCUAUACUUGGCAUGUAGGUUUCUUACUUACGGGUGGCACAAAUUGGGAUAUGGGGGAGGGGAAUGGACAGGGUAUAUGCAAAUUGAAUACUGUAGUAUUUGCUAUAGUAAAACAAUUUAACAUGUUUUUUUGUGUGGAUAAAACUGUAGUAUUUACUAUAGUAUAUUACAGUAUACUACACAAUUCUAUACUAAGUACUACACAUGAUCAAGGGAUAUCACCGUGUGUAGUAUAGUAUUCUACAGUAUACUAUAGUUUACUACAAAAUUCUAUAGUAAGUACUGUAGUAUUCUAUAGUAAACUGUAGUAUUUUUUAAAAUGUGGAUUAGUCAAUGAGUAUGACAGUCAACCACAACACAGGCCUUUGUUCAACUAUUCAAAUAUAGACCCUAACAAGAAAUCCGAACUUUUCUCCCUCCCUGUCCCUAUCCCUGUCUCUAUCCCUGUCUCUCUCUCUCUACAUUUCUCUCUCUCAGGGUUGGCAGACGGAGGGUCCUGAUGAUCACCAGCCUCUGCCAGUUUGUGUUUGGUGUAAGCGUGGCAUUCACGGGAAACUACUACCUAUUUAUGGUCAUCCGCUUCCUGCUCGCCAUGGUAAGUGUGUGUGUGUGUGUGUGUGUGUGCGUGUGUGUGUGCGUGUGUUUGUGUGUUUGUGUGUGUGUGUGUGUGUGUGUGUGCGCGCGUGUAAGAGCCUAAUUAUAAACACAUGUGGAGUGAAAUGUAGUGUAAGGAAUGCAGGAUGACGUAAGGAGACACUCAAUGAAAUAAUAUUUUAUGGCCAAAUCCAAACUUGAGACAUGCACUUUACUUGAAAUCUCAGAAUAAUCUCCCAUAAACAUACAGUAAUUGUAUGCUGAAUGUAGAAGUUGUGGAUUAUUAGUGCACAUCUCAAGUUGGUAGCAGUUAUAUACAUUAGUUAGUAUUCAUCCAGUAUUUGUAUUUGUUAGUAUUUGAUUAUGUGCCUAAGAGGAAUAUCAGGUCGUACUAGCCCUAUGUUGUGCCUCUCUCUCUCUCUCUCUCUCUCUCUCUCUCUCUCUCUCUCUCUCUCUCUCUCUCUCCUCUCUCUCCUCUCUCUCUCUCUCUCCUCUCCUCUCUCCUCCUCUCUCUCUCUCUCUCUCUCUCUCUCUCUCUCUCUCUCUCUCUCUCUCUCUCAAUUCAAGGGGCUUUAUUGGCCUUGGUCAGGGAGGUUAUAAACAAAAGUGAAAUAAACACUCACUCUCUCUAUGUCUCUCUCUCUCUCUUUACGUUUUAAUUUCUCCCUUCCACCUCUGCCCUGAGCAGAAGUCCUACAGCUGUUGCUUUUCACUAAGGCAAAAUGUACAGUGCCCUCUGUAAGUAUUGGGACAGUGAAGCAUUUUUUCUUCUUUUGGCUCUAUACUUCAAAAGUUUGGAUUUUAAAUCAAACAAUGACUAUGAGGUUAAUGAUGAUUGACAAAGUUACAGAUACACAAAUCAUACCCCCAAGAAAUGCUAACCUCUCACCAUUACAAUAACAGAGGAGGUUAGCAUUUUGGGGGGGGUAUGAUAUUUGUGCGUCUGUAACUUUGUCAACCAUCAUUAUUCACGAUUCAUUCAGGAUUAUCCGUAAUCAUGGUAGCAUCCACAUUAAUGUAGAAGUGUUUAGAAACAUAUUAUAUUCUUAUUUACAAUAAAAGUGACUCCAAAAUGACACAAUACAUUAUUUACCAUUAAUUUCUAUUGGGUACAAAAUAAUCUGAAACACAACCAAAACAAACAGCAAAUGCAUCCAACAAAUUUGUAGAGUCAGAAGCUUGAUGUAGCUAUUGUAUGCUGUGAGUAUGGGACCAAAUACUUACAUUUUUAUUACUUUAAUACACAUAUAACUGAAUUUGUCCCAAUACUUUUGCGGCCCUAAAAUGUGGGGACUAUGUACAAAAACUGCUUUAAUUUCUAAACAGUUCACCUGAUAUGGAUGAAAUACCCUCAAAUUAAAGCUGCUUGGACGUCAUUGUCCUGUUGGAAGGUGAACCUUCGCCCCAGUCUGAGGUCCUGAGCGCUCUGGAGCAGGUUUUAAUCAAGGAUCUCUGUACUUUGCUCCGUUCAUAUUUCCCUCGAUCCUGACUAGUCUCCCAGUCCCUGCCGCUGAAAAACAUCCCCACAGCAUGAUGCUGCCACCACCAUGCUUCACCGUAGGGAUGGUGACAGGUUUCCUCCAGACGUGACACUUGGCAUUCAAUCUUGGUUUCAUCAGACGAGAGAAUCUUGUUUCUCAUAAUCUGAGAGUCCUUUAGGUGCCCUUUGGCAAACUCCAAGCGGUCUGACAUGUGCCUUUUACUGAGGAGUGGCUUCCGUCUGGCCACUCUACCAUAAAAGCCUGAUUAGUGGAGUGCUGCAAAGAUGAUUGUCCUUCUGGAAGGUUCUCCAUGCUCUGGACACUACGCUGACAGACACAGCAAACCUUCUUGCCACAGCUCGCAUUGAUGUGCCAUCCUGGAUGAGCUUCACAACCUGAGCCACUUGUGUGGGUUGUAGACUCCGUCUCAUGCUACCACUAGAGUGAAAGCACCGCCAGCAUUCAAAAGUGACCAAAACAUCAGCCAGGAAGCAUAGGAACUGAGAAGUGGUCUGUGUUCACCACCUGCAGAACCACUUCUUUAUUGGGGGUGUUUUGCUAAUUGCCUAUAAUUUCCACCUGUUGUCUUUUCCAUUUGUACAACAUCAUGUGAAAUGUAUUGUCAAUCAGUGUUGCUUCCUAAAUGGACAGUUUGAUUUCACAGAAGUGUGAUUGACUUGGAGUUACAUUGUGUUGUUUAAGUGUUCCUUUUAUUUUUUUGAGCAGUGUACUUUUUAUGGACACAGUCAAUUUUACAGGUGUGUCCAAACUUUUGACUGGUACUGUAUAUACAGUUGAAGUCAGAAGUUUACAUACACUUAGGUUGGAGUCAUUAAAACUUGUUUUUCAACCACUAUAACUAUAGUUUUGACAAGUCGGUUAGGAUGCUGCCACCCCCGUGCUUCAUGGUUGGGAUGUUGUUCUUCAGCUUCCAAGCCCCCCUUUUUCCUCCAAACAUAACAAUGGUCAUUAUGGCCAAACAGUUCUAUUUUUGUUUAAUCAGACCAGAGGACAUUUCUCCAAAAAGUACGAUCUUUGUCCCCAUGUGCAGUUGCAAACCGUAGUCUGGCUUUUUUUAUGGCGGUUUUGGAGCAGUGGCUUCUUCCUUGCUGAGCGGCCUUUCAGGUUAUGUCGAUAUAGGACUAGUUUUACUGUGGAUAUAGAUAUGUACCUGUUUCCUCCAGCAUCUUCACAAGGUCCUUUGCUGUUGUUCUGGGAUUGAUUUGCAGUUUUCGCACCAAAGUACAUUCAUCUCUAGGAGACAGAACGCGUCUCUUUCCUGAGCGGUAUGACCGCUGCAUGGUCCGAUGGUAUUUAUACUUGCGUACUAUUUUUUGUACAGAUGAACGUGGUACCUUCAGGCUUUUGGAUAUUGCAGCUUUCCACUACAUGUUAGAAUAUUGCUGCUAGGACUUGCUUCCAUUCAGCCACAAGAGCAUUAGUGAGGUGGGGCACUGAUGUUGGGCGAUUAGGCCUGGGUCGCAGUUUCAAUUCAUCCCAAAGGUGUUCAAUGGGGUUAAGGUCAGGGCUCUGUGCAGGCCAGUGAAGUUCUUCCACACCGAUAUCGACAAACCAUUUCUGUAUGGACCUUCCCCAAACUGUUGCAACAAAGUUGGAAGCACAGAACCGUCUAGAAUGUCAUUGUAUGCUGUAGCAUUAAGAUUUCCCUUCACUGGAACUGAGUGGCCUAGUCCGAACCAUGAAUAAUAGCCCCAGACAGUUGGCACUAUGCAUUCGGGCAGGUAGCGUUCUCCUGGCAUCCGCCAAACCCAGAUUCGUCCGUCAGACUGCCAGAUGGUGUGAUUCAUCACUCCAGAGAAUGUGUUUCCACUGCUCCAGAGUGAAAUUGUGACUCCAGCUGAUGCUUGGCAUUGCGCAUGGUGAUCUUAGACUUGUGUGCGGCUGCUCGGCAAUGGAAACCCAUUUCAUGAAGCUUCCAACAAAUAGUUUUUGUGAUGACUUUGCUUCCAGAGAUGGUUUGGAACUCAUUAGUGAUUGUUGCAACCGAGGAAAUACUUUUUUACUCGCUUCGCGCUUCAGCACUCUUCGGUCUUGUUCUGUGAGCUUGUGUUAGCUUGCCUACCACUUCGCGGCUGAGCCGCUGUUGCUCCUAGACGUUUCCACUGCACAAUAACAGGACUUACAGUUGACCGGGGCAGCUCUAGCAGGGCAGAAAUUUGACGAACUGACUUGUUGGAAAGGUGGCAUCCUAUGAUGGUGCCAUGUUGAAGGUAACUUUGCUCUUCAGUAAGGCCAUUUUACUGCCAAUGUUUGGCUAUAUAGAUUACAUGGCUGUGUACUCGAUUUUAUACACUUGUCAGCAACGGGUGUGGCUGAAAUAGCCAAAUCCACUAAUUUGAAAGGGUGUCCACAUACUUUUGUAUAUAUAUAUAUAUAUAUAUAUAUAUAUAUAUAUAUAUAUAUAUAUAUAUAUAUAUAUAUAUAUAUACUGUAUGUGAUGGGAUGUAUAGACAUUAUGGACAGUAUGUGGAUAGAAUAUGUAGUAUAUCUGUAGGAUAGGUAGGAUAUAAUAGUAUAUACAGUAUACAGCAAUAGUUGAAUAGGAUAGCAUUGACUAGACUACAGUAUAUACAGUGGGGGAAAAAAGUAUUUAGUCAGCCACCAAUUGUGCAAGUUCUCCCACUUAAAAAGAUGAGAGAGGCCUGUAAUUUUCAUCAUAUGUACACGUCAACUAUGACAGACAAAAUUAGAAAAAAUCCAGAAAAUCACAUUGUAGGAUUUUUAAUGAAUUUAUUUGCAAAUUAUGGUGGAAAAUAAGUAUUUGGUCAAUAACAAAAGUUUCUCAAUACUUUGUUAUAUACCCUUUGUUGGCAAUGACACAGGUCAAACGUUUCUGUAAGUCUUCACAAGGUUUUCACACACUGUUGCUGGUAUUUUGGCCCAUUCCUCCAUGCAGAUCUCCUCUAGAGCAGUGAUGUUUUGGGGCUGUCGCUGGGCAACACGGACUUUCAACUCCCUCCAAAGAUUUUCUAUGAUGUUGAGAUCUGGAGACUGGCUAGGCCACUCCAGGACCUUGAAAUGCUUCUUACGAAGCCACUCCUUCGUUGCCCGGGCGGUGUUUUGGGAUCAUUGUCAUGCUGAAAGACCCAGCCACGUUUCAUCUUCAAUGCCCUUGCUGAUGGAAGGAGGUUUUCACUCAAAAUCUCACGAUACAUGGCCCCAUUCAUUCUUUCCUUUACACGGAUCAGUUUUCCUGGUCCCUUUGCAGAAAAACAGCCCCAAAGCAUGAUGUUUCCACCCCCAUGCUUCACAGUAGGUAUGAUGUUCUUUGGAUGCAACUCAGCAUUCUUUGUCCUCCAAACACGACGAGUUGAGUUUUUACCAAAAAGUUAUAUUUUGGUUUCAUCUGACCAUAUGACAUUCUCCCAAUCCUCUUCUGGAUCAUCCAAAUGCACUCUAGCAAACUUCAGACCGGCCUGGACAUAUACUGGCUUAAGCAGGGGGACACGUCUGGCACUGCAGGAUUUGAGUCCCUGGCGGCGUAGUGUGUUACUGAUGGUAGGCUUUGUUACUUUGGUCCCAGCUCUCUGCAGGUCAUUCACUAGGUCCCCCCGUGUGGUUCUGGGAUUUUUGCUCACCGUUCUUGUGAUCAUUUUGACCCCACGGGGUGAGAUCUUGCGUGGAGCCCCAGAUCGAGGGAGAUUAUCAGUGGUCUUGUAUGUCUUCCAUUUCCUAAUAAUUGCUCCCACAGUUGAUUUCUUCAAACCAAGCUGCUUACCUAUUGCAGAUUCAGUCUUCCCAGCCUGGUGCAGGUCUACAAUUUUGUUUCUGGUGUCCUUUGACAGCUAUUUGGUCUUGGCCAUAGUGGAGUUUGGAGUGUGACUUGUUUGAGGUUGUGGACAGGUGUCUUUUGUACUGAUAACAAGUUCAAACAGGUGCCAUUAAUACAGGUAACGAGUGGAGGACAGAGGAGCCUCUUAAAGAAGAAGUUACAGGUCUGUGAGAGCCAUAAAUCUUGCUUGUUUGUAGGUGACCAAAUACUUAUUUUCCACCAUAAUUAGCAAAUAAAUUCAUAAAAAAUCCUACAAUGUGAUUUUCUGGAGAAAAAAAAUCUCAAUUUGUCUGUCAUAGUUGACGUGUACCUAUGAUGAAAAUUACAGGCCUCUCUCAUCUUUUAAAGUGGGAGAACUUGCACAAUUGGUGGCUGACUAAAUACUUUUUUCCCCCACUCUACAUAUGAAAUGAGUAAAACAGAAUUUAAGCAUUAUUCAAGUGACCAGUGUUCCAUUAUUAAAGUGGCCAGUGAUUCCAUGUGUAUGUACAUAAGGCAGCAGCAUCUAAGGUUCAGGGUUGAGUAACCGGGUGGUAGCCGGCUAGUGACAGUGACUAAGUUCAGGGCAGGGUACUGGGAGGAGGCCGGCUGGUGAUGGCUAUUUAACCGUCUGAUGGCCUUGAGAUAGAAGAUGUUUUUCAGUCUCUCUGUCCCAGCUUUGUUGCACCUGUACUGACCUCGCCUUCUGGAUGAUAGCGGGAUGAACAGGCUGUGGCGCGGGUGGUUGAUGUCCUUAAUGAUCUUUUUGGCCUUCCUGUGACAUCUGGUGCUGUAGGUGUCCUGGAGGGCAGGCAGUGUGCCCCCGGUGAUGCCCCCCUCUGGAGAGCCCUGCGGUUGAGGGCAGUGCAGUUGUCGUACCAGGCGGUGAUACAGCUCGACAGAUUGCUCUCGAUGGUGCAUCUGUAAAAGUUUGUGAGGGUUUUAGGGGCCAUGCUGAAUUUCUUCAGCCUUCUGAGGUUGAAGAGGCGCUAUUGCGCCUUCUUCACCACACUGUCUGUGUGGGUGGACCAUUUCAGAUGAUCAGUAAUGUGUACACUGAGGAACUUGAAGCUUUUCACCUUCUCCACUGUGGCCCUGUAGAGGUCGAGUGGAGGUGCUGUUUCCUACCUUCACCACCUGGGGGCGGCCCGUCAGGAAGUCCAGGACCCAGUUGCACAGGGCGGGGUUCAGACCCAGGGCCCCGAGCUUAAUGAUGAGCUUGGAGGGUCUUAUGGUGUUGAAGUCUGAGCUGUAGUCAAUGAACAGCAUUCUUACAUAGGUAUUCCUCUUGUCCAGAUGGGAUAGGGCAGUGCGAUGGCGAUUGCAUCGUCUUUCGAUCUAUUGGGGUGGUAUACAACUAGAAGUGGGUCUAGUGUGUCAGGUAAGGUGGAGGUGAUAUGAUCCUUAACUAGCCUCUCAAAGCACUUCAUGAUGAUAGAAGUGAGUGCUACGAGGCGAUGGUCGUUUAGUUACCUUUGCUUUCUUGGGUACAGGAGCAAUGGUGGACAUCUUGAAGCAAGUGGGGACAGCAGACUGGGAUAGGGAGAUAUUGAAUAUGUCCGUAAACAUGUUUGCGCAUGCUCCUGUGUGUGCCCAGUGGGUGCGUUGUAGUCACAUGCCUCUGUGGGCCAGCCCUAUUGAAGAAUAGCUGAUCAUCAGCAGAAUAGCUCAUGGAAGAGCUACACAUAUGAUCACGUUUAAAAUACCUUUUUGAAAACAAAAAGCAUAACCAAAAGAAAAUGUCGUGACAAUGUGACUGUGUGCAUGUGUGUAAAUAUUUACUGUAUGUGUAUAGGUCUAUGGACUGUAUGUGUUUGUAUGAGUGUCUUCCUCUCUCCAUCUGGAUGCAAAGCAGUCAGCCUUAGAUAAUGUUGAUAUGGCUAGCCUGGGCUAGUAUCUGGGUCAUUCUAAUUGAUCUACAGUAGAUUCUAACUACAGUCUGAUCUCAGGGUCCGUUUACUAAAUACAGGAUAAGUGGAUAAGUUACGUUUUCAGGCAUUAGACUAACUUUCUGCAUCAACAGUAACGCAAGUGUGUGUGUGUGUGUGCGCGUGCGUGCAUGUGUGUGUAACCUAUAUGUGAUCAGCAUUUGAAGCUCUGCGUUGUGUCCCCUUUGUUGAUCUAAUUGAAAUGUUCCCUCCUUCCCUCUCUCUCCGCAGGUGUCCAGCGGCUACCUUGUGGUGGUGUUUGUGUACGUGACCGAGUUCACCGGCAACAAGGUGCGCACGUGGACGUCCAUGCACGUGCACGCCGCCUUCGCCGCAGGCGUCAUGAUGGUGGCGAUCACGGGCUACCUAGUGCGCACCUGGUGGAUCUACCAGAUCAUCCUCUCCACCUGCACCUCGCCCUUCCUCUUCUUCUGCUGGAAGUUUCCCGAGACACCCUUCUACCUGAUGGCUAAGGGGAGGCUCCAGGAGACCCAGGUCCUGCUGGAUUCCAUAGCCCGCUUCAACGGCCUGGAGCCUGGCCGCCUGAGGGCUGAGGACCUCCUGGAGCCCCAGGAGGUUCUGCUGGAGAAGGAGGUGGCACCGGGGAGAGCCCAGCCAGCGGAGCCCGAGAGAAAGCUGAGCAUCCUGGACCUGUUUGGGACAUGGAGGAUGGCCUGGAGGACAGUGACAGUGUGGGCAGUGUGGUUCAUUGGCAGCCUGGGCUACUACGUCUUCUCCCUGGGCUCCGUCAACCUGGGGGGCAACCAGUACAUCAACCUCUUCCUGGCUGGUGAGAGGGGGGAUGGGGGGUUGGGUUGUGUGUGUGUGUGUGUGUGUAAUUAGAGAGGGAGGGCUAGGGGGGUUGAAUGGGCAUGUGUUCACGGUUGUACACCUGCAUAUGUGUGGCUGUGGGUGGGGCAUGUGUACUGUAUGUACUGUAUGUACUAUGGGUGUGCGUGCUUAUUAUAGCAACCUGGUCUCAGAGCAUGUAG